AGGUGGCGGCAAUACACCAAUAGGCCGUAGUCUGCCAUUACACCUUAAAGAAGAAGCAGAGGCACACUCGUGAUAAUUAUGAAUGUUUGUUCGUGUAUCUAUUAUCGUUUUAUAGACAGAUGAGCGAGCCUGCCGACAAAUAUGGUUCCUAUAAAGCGCAGGAAAGUGAACUGCUUUGUUACAAGCGACAGCAGCGGUGACAGGACCAGCAAGUUUCCCGGGGUUAUCAUCUUCCUCCUGGAGAGAAAGAUGGGAGCCAGUCGGAGAGCCUUCCUCACUCGGCUCGGCCGGGGGAAAGGUUUCAACAUAGAAGACUCCUUCAGGUAGUGUGAACAACAAUCUUCUGGGGUGAAAAUAAUGUAGGCUAAUAACUUCACCUUGUCUCCAGUACUGUCCCUGCUGAUCUAAGAUAGCUAGACUAGAAAGAUUGAGUAGGUCUCAAUUGAGACUUAAGUUCCUAUAAAUCAGUGGUCUUGAAUGAAAGGGAACAAGGGUGCUUAGGGACACUUUAGGGAUGUUUGCCAAUGUAAAUCAAUUCUUGGUAACCUCUUUUUCCCUAGCUGUUCCAUCACUCAUAUAGUGUCCGAGAAUAAUUCUGGGGAGGAGGUCCGGACAUGGCUGGACUCCCACACUGGAGGACAGUGGAGAGAAGGAGGAGAAUGUAGGACAGCCCGACCUGGUUCUGUCCAUCUCCUGGACAUGGUGUGGUACACAGCGAGCAUGCAGGCUGGCAGCCCCGUGAUUAUACUGGACAGACACCGACUACAGGUGCGAUAUAGCCAGGCCACCUACAUACUACCAGUGCCUGCACUUUGACUGAUGUCAUCUUCCUCGCAUAGUGGAGAAUGAAAUGGGUUGUGUUCAUUGCAACAAAAAGCGAAAAUUAGCAUUUUUGUGUUUGGCAAGUCCAGUUUUCUUCCGCCCUGUAAAACAACGCAUUUCACUGCACCAGUCCAGUCUGUGACAAUUUUAAAAAAUAAAAUAAUUGGGGGGGUGCCUAACCUUGUUCCACAGGAGAGAGAGAAGCCCGGUUUGGAGCUGGCAGUGGUCUCAGUACCCAGCUACGCCUGUCAGAGACACACCCCUCUACUGCACCACAACACAACACUGACCGUGAGUCCCCUCCUUCCCACAAUCCACUCUUUACUUACGAGGUGUUGAUGUUCUGAAUGACGUCUAUGGCAACUUUGUUCCAUCCCAAACACUAACUUGUUGUCAAAAGCAUAUUGUCUUUAGUGAACGAGCUGUCUAUAUACCCCUCUCCCCUCCUACCCUCCCUUCUCUCUCGCUCUCUCGCUGUCAUUUUCUGUCUGUCUCUCUCUCAUUUUCUGUCUCUCUCUUUUUCCCUCCCCCUGUAGGAUGCGUUGUCCAUACUGGCUGAGAAUGCAGAGCUCAGUGAAAACGAGGGACGGGGAGUGGCGUUCCGUAGGGCGGCAGCCUUGUUGAAGUCCCUCCCCCAGGAGGUCAGAGGGGCGGAGCAACUACGAGGACUGCCCUGUCUGGGGGAGCACUCACUCAGAGUCAUCAAGGUCUGGAUACAGACAUAUCUCUCUAUUUUCACUUCUCUAUGUUUCUCACCACUCGCUCUUUCUGUCUGUCUGUGUGUAUUUCUCUCUCUCUCUGGUCUCAUAUCAGAACCUCUCAAUACCUCCUCCUCCCUCUGUUUAUCUUUAGGAGGUUCUGGAGGAUGGUGUAUCUCAUGAAGUGGAGACCACCACGCAUUCAGAACAGUUUAAGGCCAUGAAGGUGAGUUAGGGCGCGCUGAGACCUCCAUCUCUGGUUAUGGUCCUUGAAUCUCUGUCCUUUGUUUCCACUUAUUGGAGAGACGUGUGUGUUUUUCAGGCCUUAACAGGUAUUUUCGGGGUGGGGGCGAAGACAGCGGACCGUUGGUUCAGGGAGGGAAUACACACCCCCUCCGACCUGCAAAGAUCAGGACACACACUCAACAGAGCGCAACAAGCAGGUGUGUGUGUGUGUGUGCACAUGUCAAGUGCCUCUCUGAGCAUUGGUAGUAAGCCCAAAGUGCCCUCUGCACAAUAGUUUUCUACAGUCAGUACAAAGGUCACUCAAUCCUCUUUUCUCUUCAUCUUUCUCUCUCCUUCUCAGGUCUGCAGUAUUAUGAUGAACUGAACCUACCUGUCACGAAAGCAGAGGCUGUUGCCAUUGGUCAGAUUGUGGAGAGGGCGGUCCAUGCUGUGCUCCCGGGGGCAGAGAUCACUCUGAUUGGAGGAUUCAGGAGGUACGCUGAGCAGUUUUCACUGUCUCCUUUUCUCUUGCUCUUCCUUCCCCUCUAUUUCUCUCCUCCGUUGAUCUCUUUCCUCUUUCUCUCUCUUUCUCUAGAGUAGGGAUGUGAACGUUUAAAUGAAAUUCGGAUCCUUUCCCCCCACAAAAUUAAAAUCACAUUGCAGCUGGCUCUCCUGUUCUUUCUCUUCACUAAUGAUGCCAGUGUAUUCUGUCUUCAAUCUGUUGCUAGUAGAAUAUCCUAGCAUAUUCAUUGAUGAUAGGCCCUGCUUUACUGAUGUUGCGAGACAUUGCAAGCUAAGAAAUUGCGAGAUUCAGCUUUUUAUUGCGGAUAGAUAGGCCUACUGCACGGUUCUGACUCCAUCUGCCUCGUGGCCGACCUGCCUGUACUGAGCCCCUCCCUCUCUCUCCGUCCCUCGCUAGCUCACUAUGACAGAUGCAAGUGUUUGUGUUCUCAGAAGUACGGCAACUUACCAGUCUCCUCCGUUUCCAUUAAAUACUGAAUCUUAGGAGUCGAUACCUAGCGGAAUAUGUUUUCUUUCUGCUAAAUGUCUUGGUAAGUCACAGUAUUUAAAACAAAUGUAUGCCCUUUUUUUAGGAGAGAGAGGUCUGUGCGCAGGCCACUCAAGAUAAUUUUAUUGACAGUUAUGGUCGUAUAGGGAUGGACGUUAGUCCUACUUCAUAAGUGGCAUUUCUUUACAGACAAGUAAAAUGCCCGUUCAAUGGUGCUUCGAAAUGAUCCCCAGAGAAGGUUUCGUUUCAUCAUUUAAAAAGCCGUAGUGUACCCUUACAGACAAACAAACAUGCUGUAGCCGAGGCGCUAUUCAAGGGUAGGGUAUAUGACUGUGGUAGAUAUAACUGGCCCUAACGGUCAUACAUUAUUCUGCAUUGUGAAUUGACGUGUAAUUGUACGAUUUUUUUUUUCUUGCUGUUUUUAAACGUAAAGCAAAAUUGUUAAUUUGUCACAUCCCUACUGUAGAGGUAAGCAGACGGGUCAUGAUGUGGACUUCCUGAUAACCCACCCAGAUGAGGGCAGAGAGGAGGGGCUCAUGCCUAAGGUGGUGUCCUGGCUGGAAGCACAGGUGACACACAGCAUUUUUUUCUGUUUUCUAUCCUUCAGUAGUGAUUGUUUGUCAACGAACAACUUUACACUAUCUAUUACAAUUCCCAGAAAGCCUUUCCCCAUUUCCUUCUAUCAACUAAAUAUGGAAUGUAUGCUCAGCUGUUUACUGUACAAAACACCAUCAGGCCUGGUCAGUUCAGCAAGCCAUCCUGAGUAAGGAUAUUUCUGUACCCCCAGGGGUGUAACACUCUAUUCUGUCCCCAGGGCUUCCUGUUGUACCAGAAGACCACUGGGAACUCUUAUCUGGAGAGCAAAGAGGGUCCUGCGCGGCCGGCCUCUAACAUGGAUCGCUUUGAAAGAUGCUUCUCCAUCUUUAGACUGAGCACAGACAACGAAGGGACUGAGAUCCAGACUGGGACUGAGAUCCAGACGGGGACUGAGAUCCAGACGGGGACUGAGAUCCAGACGGGGACUGAGAUCCAGACGGGGAAUGGUCCACAGACAUACUCACCGACACUGACCAAUACAGAUCCACACACCCACUCAGAGACUCACCCACACACACAUACAGACUCACACCCACCUCCCCAGACCCUUGUGGUGGUGGGUGACCAUGCCCAGAAGGUGAGCUGGGUGCUGGGUCAUUCUCAGUGCUCAGGUCCCCGAUCCUGGAGGGCAGUGAGAGUAGACCUGGUGGUCUCUCCAUACAGCCAGUUUGCCUUCGCAUUGCUGGGCUGGACUGGAUCGAAGGUACGGCCUAAACCUAACCCCCGACCUCUAACUUCUGAUCCUGAUAUAAGGCUUCCAGAUGCACCUCACCACCCAUCAGCCUUCCAUGUGAAUCUUCAGCCUUUUCUCAUUUGGAAAAAAGUCCGUCCUCUGUCUUCUCUCCUCCGGAAACCGAUAAGUGGUCAAGGAGAGUAUACAUUUUUUAGUAGGCGCACGGAAGAGUGUCCUCCCCUCCUUGAUAGCCACCUUUCAUCGAGGAUAGUCAUGUGUAUCCUACCUUAGUCCUUCGCAGAAGAGUUUUGAUAUCUUUCACACCCCCUUUGAAGUAGUUGUUUUCUCAAAGGAGAAAAGCGCGCAAACAUUUAAUAACGAUAUGCUACUUAUCAAUGAAAUGUGUUGCACAACUAGCUAAAUUUGUUUGAUCACUUUACACAUUUAUUUUGGGAUUCAACCCCUGUAAAUGUAAUUUGCCUGAUGACGUGCGAGCGGAGCACAGUUUUCAACCACGUUCCUUCUCGCUGCCUCUCCUCGAUUAAUUUUUUGACCUGUUUAAAAGGGAGGCGAGAGAGGACACAGGAGUUGAGCAUAUCCAAUUGAGAAAAAGCCUUAGUCUAAAAGAGUCUAAAAUGGCCUUCACCAAUCAUCUGUCUGUACUGACCUAAUGAAAUGAAAUGAGUGACUGUGUGGGGGGAGGGGGUCUAUAGGGUGAUUUUGGUUUUGCUUUGUCCCAGUACCUUUACCCUACCUUCUGUUUCUCCCUCCUUUAUUCACUCUCUCUCUUUCGCUCUCUCUCUCUCUCUCUGCGCAGUUGUUUGAGAGAGAACUGCGUCGCUGGGCAGUACAUGAGAAGGCCAUGACUCUGAGCAGCCAUGCUCUGUACGACAGAAAACGGGUACACACACCCUCUCAUACACACACACACACACACAUUUUAAAUACUUUAUUAGAAUCCACAAAUCACAUCACAGUCAAGAAGGAUUCAAACAUUUCAAAGGUCACAGAUACUUGGACACUAAUAGAUACACACAGACACACACACACACACUCUCAAAAGUCAUACACAUGCACACACUGCUCACUUAGCAGGUAAGCAUGCGGUACUCCGAAGGGCUGGCACCUGCACAAAGACAUGAUGCUGACGAUCAGCUACAGUGAUCUGAGGGUUAAACUGUGGUCUUAUCUGUUUCCUACCUCUAUCUCUCUCUUAUUCUCUCCCUCUUUUUGUCUCUCUCUUUCUCUCUGUUAUCUCUCUCUCUCUCUCUCUGUUUGUUAUAUCUCUCUCUCUCUGUCUCUCUCUCUCUCUGUUUGUGUUCUCUGUCUCGCUCUCUCUGUGUUAUCUCUCUCUCUGUUUGUGUUAUCUGUCUCUCUCUCUCUGUGUUCUCUCUCUUUCUGUCUGAUCAGACGCAGUAUCUAAGGGCUAGUUCAGAGGAGGAGAUCUUUACUCAUCUGGGUCUGGAAUACAUCCCUCCCUGUGACCGGAACGCCUGAUGACAACAUACUGGACUGAUAACGCAUACAGAUACAGUCUAAGAGCUAAGCUAAGCAAACCCAAGCUAACCUGACUUAACUUAAACCUAAACAUAAGCCAAAUCAAACUAGGCCUAAUCCUGAGCACAACACACAGGCCAGAUACAGCCCAGGGUAGACUAG